UGCUGGAAUUAAAGGCAGCGCAUCUCAAUGGAUAGUGAACUCUAAUUUCUGCACUCAUAUUUUACUGUACCCUCUAGUAAAAUACGACGAGGCAAAGAAGAAAGCGGUCUUUAUGGACGAAUUUUUCAACAGUGCUCAGAUUUUUUAAAUCAUUAAUUACAUAAUAAAUCCAGUAAUUUUUAGCAUUACGACCACAUAUAAAAACAUUUCAAUCGGCUCGAUUGAAGGUUUUGCUGACAAUUGGAAAUUUUUGGGACAGCGCUAAGGAAAUGCCGCAAACAAUUUCACCCAAACUGUUCUCUGCAAUUGCCAAGAACGAUGACCAAAGGAACUCGUUUGUUGUUGAUGUCGUGAGCAUAGUAAAAAAUUACAACCUGGAUGGCUUAAACAUCCGCUGGAUUUUUCCUGGCAGUCCUUUUGCAGCCUCUGAGGGAUUUCUUGCGGAUAAAUCGAAUUAUGUCACGUUGCUGAGCAAUUUCACAAGUUUGCUGAAGCCUGGAGGUUUGUUACUCACGACGGAAUGCUCAGGAAAUAAAGCAAUUAUUUCUAGAGGCUUGGAUAUUCCAAAAGUAGCGGAGGCUGUGGAUUACCUUUUCGUUUAUGCAACAGAUUACGGAGGCACUCGGUUUUCGUUCACGUCCCUGAGCACUCCAAACAAAGAAGUGCGACAGUCCUUGGAGGUUUUUAAAAACCAGAUCAACGAUGAUGACCAGAUUAUCCUCUCAAUUAAGCCAGACGUAGAAAUUUUUGAUCUGCUAAAAAGCAAUAAGCUGGCUAAGAUUGGAGUUCCAACAGUUACUGAUAAAAGAGAGCAAAUGGCUUGGAACAAAUUCUUAUAUCGUGUGCUAGUGACGGAGAAAGGCAAAUGGGAAAUCACAAAAUCAAACAACGAAGCUUUGCAGUCAUUUGCGUGCGAUGGCACCAAGUGGGCCUCUUAUGAUGAUAUGUUUUCAAUCCAACAAAGGAUGGAAAUCGUGCGAAACUUUGGACUUGGUGGGGUUCACGUUGUGGCGGUUUUUAACGACGACAUAGCCAACGAUAUCGGGUGCGGCCCAGCCCCUGUUUUGAGAUCUAUCAAUGAAAUCGUCAGAGGCUUUAAUGAGUGUGUGCUUCCUUCUUGUCCUUGA